AUGGGUGUUAAGGGUCUUGCUACCUUAGUCGAAGCGAAUCCAGAUUUAUUGCAGUGUGUUUGUUUGAAGGAUACACCAUUAGUGGUUGAUGGCAAUGCAUUGUGUUACCAGCUGUUCCGGUUCUGUCGAAUCAAUUUCCGAUUCGGAGGCGAUUACGAAGUGCUCGCUGAAGCAGUGGCGGAAUUUGUGCAAUCAUUUCGCCUGGCUUCCGUACGUCUGAUCGUCGUGUUCGAUGGCUUGUUGGAAACGGACGAGUGGAAACAGUCGACAAUGGUUGUGAGACAGAAACAGCGCUUAAGCGUUGCUCAGAAAGUCGCCCAGGGUUCGAAUCCUUCGUCAUAUCUUUUGCCUCUGCUCGCCUCACGGACAGUCCUCCAAACGCUUAGGGCGAACAACGACGUGGUUACAGUCCAUCAGUGCGCGGUCGAAGCGGACGCUGUCAUCGCCGGUCUGGCAAAUGCUGUCAAGUGUCCGGUUUUGUCGCAAGAUAGUGACUUCUUCAUUUAUGACCUAAAGCACGGUUAUGUUCCAAUGGAGACGCUCGAAUGGGGGCAGCUGAUUCCCUUAUACUCAUCUCCUUCAUCGAUGUCACCUGCUUCUGGUGGCGUCCGUGCAAAAAUCUACAAAAAUAGCUUCUUGCUCGACUAUUACCCACAGUUGGACCUCGAUCUUUUGCCGCUGUUUUCGGCGGUAAUGGGAAACGACUUCGAACAAGAUCACGUGUCUUUUAAGAACCUUCUUCGUACGUUGCCAAGGAUGGAAGCAACGUCGUCGUCGAGGAAAUUUCACCGGCAGGGCAGUUGUCGAAAGCAGUACAAUAUGGUCGAUCUGCUGAAGUGGUUUGAAGGUAAGUCUAGAACAGAGGUCAUCAAAGAGAUGCUAACAACGGUCAAGACCUUCAAACGGCAGCAUUGGCGAAGGUACCUCGCUAACGCCAGUUUCAUGUAUAUACGUGCUCGUAGCACGGAGUAUGUAACGAGUGAUACCGACGUCUUGACAUGUCAAACAUUGCUAUCCGAAUUCCCACUUUUACCAGAGUGGUUUCUGUCCGCGUACUGCGUCGGACGAAUCCCGUGCCAGUUCAUUUACAUAAUGAAGUACUUAAAAAUAUUUCUGCCGACUCUUGUUGAGGAUUUUUCGAAGAACAGCGUAUUUGACUGCUGUCGAACGUUGCGUGUUGAAGUAUACAAGAUUCUUCUCACUUCGGCGAACGUGUACUGUGUUCGCGAGUACCUGAGGUCUUCAAACCGGCUUGUUUUGAAAAAGGUAUUGUUUCAAGAGGCAUCGAUGCAUUUGUAUAAUAUGGAAAGUUUCGAUGUUGCCCAGCGAAGAAAUGUGUUGCUGAAGACUUGUGGUAAGACCUGGAGUGAGGAAUUGGGCCGAUUUUCUUCGUCAAUGAUUUUGUUCAUUUUGUCACUUACUUACUGGACAUCCAGCGACGAGUCUAACGUCGCUAAACAGUACGUUUUUGCCAUCGUGUUUGUUGGAUUCUUAUUAAACCUGUCGAAACUUCAACCUAUAUAUUCCGAUGAAGUCACAGCAGAAGAGAUGGACGAAGAAACAAAAUCGUUUUUGGAAACGAUACGAAGAUUGAAAAGAACUACAGCUUCAACGACGAAACAAGAAAUUGCAGCCGUUGUAAAAUUUGCACAUGCGUUGAAUGAGUGGCAAGCUUGUUUUAAAGGUGUGUUGUGGCUGAACACAGCAUUGAUGUGGCCCUUUGACGAACAUACCUCUCCGGCUCAUUUUUACUCUGGUCGCAAAGCGUUUGUCGCUUCUUGGUACUUCGCGCAAAAUAACUCCUACAAGCGACUUUUUGAAGGUUUUCCAUCGGUCCUUCAAAAGUUUGAUGUCUUUUAUUCUUUGGUCCAGACUGUGAUUGGUACCAGAAUCAAUCAGAUUAAUAGCUGUGGAAAACGUCGCUCUUCCGAAAUCCAGCGAAAUUCGUCUAAUCGUUGCAAAAAACGAAAAUCUCGCAUCGUUUUGACGAUGACAGAUUCAGCCUCUGGUGAUGAAACAAAACAGGAGGAAAAUUCCAGGAUUAAGGAAGAGUGGUAUAACGAAGAAAAUAGAUUUGCAGCCCUUGCCCUUGAUAACGGUUAA